AUGGAUAAGUUUAAAUCAUCUUUUCUCUCUUUUCAUAAGGAAAUUGAACCAUUUCUGACCAUCGAAGAAACGGUCAAAACACUCUUUCCGGAUGCAUCAAGUGCUAAUAUUAAAAAGUAUACAAAACAGAUUUCAAAAGUUGACGAAUUAGAUCCAGUGUUGAUUAUAAAGCCAAACCAAGCAUGGGUCACAAAUAAUGGAUGGGUCGCUUAUAAUCAAGCAAUGGAUCGUUUCGCUACUUUCAAUCUUAGUAGUCAACGCAGAGAUGAAGACAGCCGUUGUAUCUUUCACUUCAGAGAUAUCCAAGAACUGUAUUCCGUUCGGGACGGUCUUCGUAAUAGUAAUCUUAUUCCCAACGGCUUUCAUGUUCCUCAUACUUUACGAGCCGUUGUACCCGCAACUAUUAAUAACCCGGAACCAAUUGGAUGUGCAUACAUUUUGAUUAAGUUAACAGUCAAAAAAUCUGAAUUUUCGGAAGAUACGAGUUUUUUUAAUGUCGCUUAA